AUGGUAGCCUCCCGCCGCCGCCGCCACAACGAGGAACAGAAGGAUGCUCCAGGGGAGCAGAAGCAGGCCAGGAAAGGACAUGAUCACGAGGAAGACGAGGUGAUGAUGAGGGCGCUGACCGCGGUGUUUGGGAUGGCCAACAACGGGAAGAUCGACAAGGUCAAGGCUCGCGAGGUGGUCGAGAACCUUGGCCUCGUUGCAGGGGAGGAGGAAGAAGGAGAUGAAGAAGGAGGAGAGGUCGGAGUGGAGGAAGUGCUGAGCGAUGUGUAUUGUUCGUCGUUGCUGAGAGAUGCGUUCAGGAUAUUCGACCAGGACGGGAAUGGGUUCAUCGAGCCAGACGAGCUGAAGCGAGUCCUGCAUUGCUUGGGUCUGGAUCGAGGCAGCAGCUGGGAUCUCUCUGACUUCAACGCCAUGCUCAAGUGUGUGGAUUUGAACUCGGAUGGUAAGGUUGAUUUCAAUGAGUUUCAGCUCAUGAUGAUGGUGCCCUCCUCGUCAUGA